AUGUCAAAUUCAUUUUGGAAAUUCAAUCAAGACAGCUUAGUCGAAUCUUCAGUCACAAGUAUUCUCAAUAAUGCAUUUAUAAAGAUUGAAAAUAAAAACAAUAAUAAUAUUGAAGAUAAUAAUAGCCAUAAUGAAGAUGAUGCUGACACUAAAUUAAAUAAAGUUAAUCGUCGUCAUCACCGUAGUACUAGUAGCAUUACUAGUAGUAGUACAUCUCAAGCUGAAGAUAUUGAAAACGCUACGGAGGAUGAUGAUGAUGAUGAUGAUGACACUUUACCAAUUAAUGAAGAAGAUUAUCUCAAAUAUUAUAAACCAAAUUUAGAUAUUUUAAACAGUCUCUUGGACGAUGAUGAAUUGUAUACCGAAUUAAUGUGCUCAAAUUUUAAACUUUUAAUUUAUUUGAAAUAUCCUGCCGUCCUGGAAAGAUUAAUCGAUCUGCUAACCAAUGAAUUCUUUCUGACUGAUGAUGAUAAUGAUAAAGAAGAAAGAGAAGAAGAACACGAAGAAGAACAAGAAACCACUCAUUUAAAGAAUGAAAUUAACCAUGAUCAAAACAAACAAACCAUUACCGUAUCAGAUACGACGUCAGAGGCUUCAGAAGAGACAAGUGUAACAUUACCUCCCGAAUCACAGGAACAAAUUGAAACAAGAAGGGCUAAAAUGGCUGCAGAGAUUUUAUCUGCCGAUAUAUGGCCAUUAUCUUCAACUUUAAUUGAAAAUAAAUCACUACUAUUAAAAUUAUGGUCAAUUUUAAAAUUUGAUCAAAUUUCAAUUCAAGCUUCCAAUUAUUUCAUUAAGAUAAAUGAAAGGUUACUUGAUAUGGAUUUGAAAAAUAUGUUAGAUUUUGUCAUUGACCAAUUUGAAAAUAAUAAUUUAAUUCAAGAAUUUUUGAUGCACAUCAAUAAUUCUUCAAUUAUGGACUUUUUAUUGAAAAUUUUAUCUACUGAUAAACCUGACUAUUCAACAGGUAUAAUUAGGAUUUUGAAGAAACAAAAUUUGAUAUCAAGCUUAAUAGAUCGCUUAGAUUCAAAAAAAUUUGACGUUGCCACUCAAACAUCAUCCACAGACCUUAUAAAAGCAAUCAUUACCCUUAGUGCUAAUACCAAUAAUACAAAUAAUAUAAACACAGAAAUAACACUCUCAAUUGGCCCAAAUGAACUGACUAGAGAAAUUGUCACUGCUGAAGUAAUGGAAAAACUAAUUAAGAUAAUGCUGCAAGGCGGAACUUCUCUAAGUAAUGGCGUUGGAAUAAUUAUUGAAAUUAUCAGGAAAAAUAAUUCCGACUAUGACUUCAUCCAAGUCAUGUAUACUACUUUGGAGACACAUCCACCAAAUGAUAGAGAUCCAAUCCACUUAAUACAUCUAAUCAAAUGUUUCAGUAAAUACAUCGACAAUUUUAAAGAUAUUUUAGCUAAAGAUUGCAGUACAGAGAAGUUAAUGAUUCCCAUAGGUGAGAUUGAACCACUGGGUUUCGAAAGAUUUAAAGUUUGUGAAUUGAUCGCAGAACUAUUGCACUGUUCAAACAUGACUCUCUUAAAUGAAAUGAAUGGUGAAGCUACCAUAAAUGAACGUGAUUUGGAGAGGAUAAAAUCUUUGAAAGAUAAAGAUGACACUGCGGACAUUUCUGAACAAUUCAAUUCAUUAUCAUUAAAGGCAGCAAAUGCCGAUGAGAAUGAAGAGAAUGAUAAAAAGGACCUCGUUCAGGAGCAUGACGAAUCAAAUCGUAACAAAGUUCAAAAUGACCUAAAAAUUGAAGAUGAGGAGGAGCUAGUGGUAAGUAUAGGACGAGAAGGCGAAGAGCAUGACGAUAAAGUUGAAUUAGAAGAGUUUUCAGAGGAACAAUUACGUUCGAUGAAACUUCCCGGUGAUUUACUUAAAAUUGCCUUGAAGGACUCAGGUAUAGUUAAUGUUAUCGUGGAUAUGUUUUUCAAAUUCGAGUGGAAUAAUUUUCUGCAUAAUGUUGUCUUUGAUAUUAUUCAACAGAUCUUCAAUGGUCCAUUGAAGCAGGGCUUCAACAAAUUUUUGAUUUCUGAUUUAUUGGUUAACUGUAAAUUGACUCAUAAAAUUAUUCAAGGUGAUAAAAAAUGUCUGGAUGAUGAAAAAAAGACUGGUAUCAGAUGUGGUUAUAUGGGUCAUUUAACAUUGAUAGCCGAAGAAGUUGCCAAAUUUCAAGAAUACAUUGACGAAAUGGAUGUCAAUUUCAAAGAUCCUAAUAUUAGGCUGGCACUGAACGAUGAAAAUUGGCAACAUUAUAUGAACUCAACUCUUGCUGAGAAUAGAAAUAAUUUUAAUACUGUUCUAGGUGAUUUUGUAUUAGACGAUGAGGAGCAAGACACUGGAAACGAUAGUAAUAGCUUCGAGGACGACUUCAUAAAUGACGAAGCUAAUCAUAAUAACAAUAGUGAAGAAUAUGAGAAUGACGAUAGCAAUAUCCAUGAUCUGUACUACGAUUCGCAGAAUAAUAUUAAUAGCGACAAUGCCAAUGAAGAAGAUGAAAAUUACGCAGAGUAUACAGAUCUUGAUAAUAUGGAUUAUUUUGAAUAUAUUGAUGCCACUGGUCACAAAACUACUUUACGUUUAAAUAAUUCAAAUGAUGAAAACAUUAGUAACAAAAGUAAUGUUGAUUCAAAUUUAGGAUCUAAUAGCGAGGUUUAUCAACAUCAAUUCGAAUUUCCAACGAAUAACACUGUAUUCGAAGACGACGAUGAUGACUAUAUGGAUCCGAAUGAUGAUGGACAAUCUUAUGCCAAACCAAACAAUCCAUUAUACAAUGAUAUUCUGUUACAAUCUAAAAGUUUGCCGUCGAGCACAUCUGACAUCGACGAGGGUGAAGAAGAUGCGUUUACUGGCAGUGACAUUCCUUUGAAUAGAUCAUCAAGUAAUGAAAAUGUAGCACUCAUUUAA